GUGUUUGGCGGAUUCUCGGUUCCCCCAACGGUUCCUUGUUUUCUUUUCGACAGCUUCGACUUACUUCUUUCCCACGCCAUUCCACGAGUCAUGAUUUUUCCUUAGUCUACGAUUUCCUUAUCCUUUGUCUUCUAUUGUGUCAGUGAAAACCCCAUAAAAUCCUCCAAAAUGCCGCCCGCCCUGGACACCAAAUCCCAGGACUUUGACGCCAAGUCCAUCCUCUCCAUGCAGGAGCUGGACCCGUCGCCAGUCGACGAUUCACCCUCAACACCAGACUUCGACUCCCUCGAGAAUGGCGAAUACUUUCCCCAACCCAUCGAAGACAAGCCCUCGCGCACUUGCGGCUUUCCGGCACCGAAAUUGGGACUGCGCGCGCACCGUUGGGAUGCAUUGUUAUCCGGCAUCCAGAAAUACUCUACAUACCCACCAACAGCCUUCUUUAUCCUGCAUUUCGCCAAUACCUCACUUAUCCCGCUGAUCACCCGCUCCGUCCCCGCCAGUGAACCCUACCUCUUGCUCACGCGACCAGUCUACCAAGCCCCCGGCCUGGAACACCUCGUCCUGACCGUCCCCAUCCUCGCACAUAUCGCUUCCGGCAUCGCGCUGCGCAAUAUCCGAAGCUCGCGCCGUGCCCGCCUCUACGGCGCAGAGACACGUGCCCAGCGCCAUAUGCUCUCCUUCUGGCCCAAAGUCUCAGUUCAAGCCAAAACCGGGUAUCUGGUAGCACCGCUGAUUGGUCUGCAUGCCGUCGUGAAUCGCGUGACGCCGUAUAUGGUCGAGGGCGGUAGUUCUGGCGUGGGAUUGGGGUAUGUCGCGCAUGGUAUUGCGCGGAGCCCCGUGUUCUGGAAUAUCUUCUACCUGGUCUUUGUCACGGCUAGCGUGUGGCAUAUAAUUGGUGGGUGGGCUACUUGGAUGGGAUGGAGAGUGACUACUGCGCGGAAAGAGCGGAGUUCGAAGGGUUCGUUGGAAGGGUAUCUGGGCUAUCCCGAGAACCAAGACCGUGUCAAGCGUCAGCGCAAGAUGUGGUGGGUUGUCAAUGGGGUUGCGGCUGUCGGUGCUGCUCUCUGGUUGGCGGGUGCUUUGGGGAUUGUUGGACGCGGUGGGGAAGGGUCUGGAUGGGAGGCUCAGGGGUGGAAUGAGAUGUAUAGCCAUGUACCGGUCCUUGGAGACUGGUUGUAAUGGGCCUGAUGGGGGGUUGGUGGUGAUGACAGAUGACGGAUGAUGCAUAUAUUGUAAUGCUAGCUGUAAACUAGACUUAAUCCUUAAUUCAUAUUAUGAAGUCACGGAGACGCAACCAGCAA